CCACCCAGGCCACUAGGUUUCGCCUCUUCUACCUCUUCUCCCACCUGCGCCGCCGCCACUCACUCCCAAACCCUAACCCCGGAGGAGAGGGAGGAGCAGCCAUGGCCGUGGGCAAGAACAAGAGGAUCUCCAAGGGCAGGAAGGGCAGCAAGAAGAAGACCGUCGAUCCCUUUUCCAAGAAGGAUUGGUACGACAUCAAGGCGCCGACCGUGUUCUCCGUCCGCAACAUCGGCAAGACCCUCGUCUCCAGGACCCAGGGGACCAAGAUUGCAUCUGAGGGUCUCAAGCAUCGUGUCUUUGAAGUCUCCUUGGCGGAUCUUCAGAAUGACGAGGAUCAGGCUUACAGGAAGGUUAGACUUCGUGCUGAGGAUGUUCAGGGGAGGAAUGUCCUCACGAAUUUCUGGGGCAUGAGUUUUACCACGGACAAACUUAGGUCCUUGGUCAAGAAAUGGCAAACAUUGAUUGAAGCCCAUGUGGAUGUUAAGACCACAGAUAACUACAUGCUCCGCCUGUUUUGCAUUGGUUUCACCAAGCGCCGCCCAAAUCAGGUGAAGCGUACCUGUUACGCUCAGGCUAGCCAGAUCCGGCAGAUCCGCCGGAAGAUGGUUGAGAUCAUGGCCAACCAGGCAUCAACAUGUGACUUGAAAGAACUGGUUUCAAAAUUCAUCCCUGAAGUCAUUGGAAAGGAGAUCGAGAAGUCAACUUCAAGUAUAUUCCCUCUCCAAAAUGUGUUCAUCCGCAAGGUGAAGAUCUUGAAGGCACCGAAGUUUGAUCUUGGGAAGUUGAUGGAGGUACACGGUGACUACAAGGAAGAUGUCGGUAUGAAGCUGGACAGGCCUGCUGAGACUGACGAGGCGGUGGCAGGGGAGGUUGCAGCAGCUGAGUAGAGAUGGUGUUGCUAGUUGCUUUACCUUUUAGGAGAUUUGGGCUGUUACUAAAUUAUGGAUGAUCAAAACUUAAUGUCAGUUCCGAUACCCUUUUUUGUCUGCCGAGUUGGUUUCUCUGAUUAAAACCAUGGAAAAUUGUGAGACUGAUUUCAUGGCCAGCUCAUUUUGAAUGCAGUUGAAUGAUUAGUACUAUAUGAUAGUAUAAUACUACUGGUUAGAUCA